GCUAUGGUUGGCCCACAGUACGAUUUUCUUGCAAACCCUCUUGGUGCCGUUAGAUCCACCUUCGACAAUGCCAUAGCGUCCGGUUCCGAUCCCUCCUCUUUCGACGGCAGUGACUGGGGCGCCCUCGAUCUCUUCCUCCACUUCCUCUUCGAACAGUCCCGACUCUCUCAGGUUCCGGUUCUAACCCCUGCCACUAUCAGAUGGGUGAAGCCCAAUACCCUAGUUCGGUUUCGUGGGAUGAUACAGGACAUGCUUGGGAAUGAAUUUUAUGUUGGCGCUUAUAAGGAUGAUUCGGUGUGGAGGACCAACAAGUUUAUGGAUGUUUCUCAGUUUCCUAUGGGUUCCUCAGCAGAUAUGCGAAUCUGGGAACGCCGAUUGCUUUACUGUGUUCCGGUUCCGGGACUGAACUCAUGGACUGAAAUUUCAUCCGAAGCCGUUGCAAAUCAAUCUAUGGAUUGGACAUCCGAACAAGGAGAAAAACGGAGGAGAGCUGAUAUGCCUGUCUCCGAUGAUGAGGUUCAGGGUUCUCCUAAUACUAAAAAAAUGAGAGAAGGCGAACACCCUUCCCUUGCUUCUCAAUCUCAGGGAGCUGUACCUGAUAUUGUUGGCUCUAGUAUGAGUUUGGUGCCUGAUCUUGAAGGGAAUUCACCUGCUUGUGUUGUAAAGAUAUACGAUUCUCCAGAGUCUGAAUUGAAGCUGAACGACAUUUUUGAGUUUGUGGGUAUCCUUACAUCUGAUCCAGAGCUUCAGGAGGACACUGAAGAUACUGAUUUAUCAAAUGGACUUUGUGAAGAUCCUUUGCAUCAUUUUCCACCUAACAAGGUACCACGCCUUCAUUGUUUUAUUCAUAGGAAACUUGCGGUUCGGGACUUCCUUCAGAAUAACCCUACUGUAGAGCCAAAGCCCGACUUUGUCAAAGGCAUCAGGGAAGCUUUGCUAAGACAUCUCACGGCUGUUCUUGGCAAUGAUGAUGUAGCUGCUCAUUUCAUGUUGCUGCAUCUCCUAUCCAAGGUGCAUGCUAGAGUAGAUGCUCUUGCUGUGGGAAAGCUUUCAGUAAACCUUACUUGUUUUAGCAAAGAAACUGCGUGUAUAUUUGGAAAACAACUAAACCCUGCUAUCAAGAACCUCUUGCCUUUCACACAUUGCAUACCCCUCACAGUGGAAUACUUGAACGGUGCUUCACUUGCACCAAAAAAGAACUAUGAUACAAACAGAUUGGAAACUGGAGUCUUACAACUAGCUGAAGGUUCACACUUGAUUGUUGAUGAGACCAAAUUAGAAGUUGGAAUUCUCAACUCUAUGGGCAUAGAGAAUGCAAGGUUGCUGAAAACUCUAAUAGAGUUGCAAAAGGUGGAAUAUGAUUUCAAGUACUAUAAAAUGGAAAUGGCAACUGAUGUACAACUGCUAGUUUUGUCUGAGGGGAAAUCAAAUAUCUUGCCAGCAGAUGUAGUUGUGCCUUUUCGGCCUUCUGCAACCAAUUGCUCUGAAGCUGUGGCCACAGAAGCUUUGGAAGCUUGGAGGUGGUAUUUGGCUACUGUUAGACAACUGCCACACUCUAUUGAAUCAGAAAUGCAGAAGGUGGUAGAAAAUGAUUUAGUUGAAGCAAGACAAGCAGACAGGAGCUUGAAUCCCCAAGAUUUAAGCAGAUGGUUAACAAUGGGCCGCCUCAUGUCCCUGAGCUUUGGUGAAACCAGCCUGUCACUAGAACAUUGGCAAAUGGUCAAGGAACUGGAGAGGCUGCGAAGAGAGAGGUUAAAGUGA